AUGCAACUGGUCAAAUCAUAUGAUGAAAUUAUUUUACGAAUUGAUUUUAAUGAUAUUCCGCUAAAUGUAUUUGAUCGUCUUAUUGCAGCAAUUAAAUCUAAAUCGGAAGAGCAUAUUAUCUUGAAAACAGCUAUUGAAAUUGCUAUAGCCAAUCCAAUUGAACUUGUUAAACCACUAGCCAGUAAACCUUUGUCAUCGCCAAAGCCAUCCGCAUUAAACCUCUUACAAAGUGUUUCAGAAUCGAAAGAUUAUGAUCAGAACAUCGCUUCACUUACUGUCGAGCUAAGAAAUGGACUUCAAGACAACGUAACCACCGAUAUCAAAAAAUGGUCUUCUCAAACGAAGCGUAUUUGGGAAUCUUACGAAAAGCGUGAUAAAAGCCUGAAACGUAAGAGCUUCAAUCGGGUAAUGACCGAGGAUCAAAUAUGGGGAUGGUUAAAAAUGUUCAAGGAUAGGUUUUUGAAACGGAUUCCAGCAUCCGAGGCCAGACCAAUUACUGAAGGGUCUGCUAUUGGCAGGAAGAAUAAAAAUUUUCAACUGAAAGGGCAUUAUUGUCGAACAGUUGGAUCAGGACAGUUGAUUGGUUCACGAAGCCCGCGGCAACUCGACUUCCUCGUAAAGAGUAUUGACCUACCUCUCGAUGCAGUAACUGACUGGAAAGAUAUCGGCGUCAUCGGUGAGUUUAGUGUGAAAUCUGUUAGAAAAGCAAGGAAAGAAAAGUUUGAUCAACUAACCAGAUACGCGCGAGAAAUAUUCUGUUCGCAGCCACUGCGCCGAUUUCUCCAUGGAUUCUGCUUAUACAAAUCAGACCUUGAGCUGUGGCUGUUUGAUCGCUCGGGCGCAUACAGCACGGGCCUGAUAAGUAUCAAACAUAGCCAGGAGUACUUGGUGCGAGCCAUUUCCUCCUACCUUCUUAUGAGCAGGGAUGAGCUUGGUUUUGAUAAAUCUAUAAAGGAAAAAGACGGAGAAUACUUUGUCCUGGUAAACAAAAAGGGUUCCAAGGGCUCAAAAAAAUUUAACAUCAACCCCGUGCCUGUUGUCCGACCAGAGACAUUGGUAACUCGUGGCACCACUUGCUUUGAAACGAUAGAUAAGGAUAACAUCAUCAAGUAUUCGUGGAACAGGGAUCCAGGAAAUACCGAAGUUAAUCUUUUGAAAGAAGCAAAGGGGACAGAAGGCGUCGUCGAAUAUGUCAUGUCCGACAAGAUCUGGCAGAUCAAAAAUCAUGGAUCAGGACCCCGGAAACCAACUCUACAACCAUUCAAAAGAGAUCGACAUCUCAUCAGAGUGGUUGUCACACCACGUGGACGCCCCCUACAUUGUAGUAGGACGAUUCUCGAGUUUCUCAUCGUAAUAAGAGACUCCAUCGUGGCUCACCGGCGACUUUAUUUUGAAAAGGAUAUUCUUCACUGCGACAUCUCUGAGGGAAAUAUUGUUUUAGUAAGGCCAGAUGGGGACAAUAGCAUACAAGGGAUGUUGAUUGACCUUGAUCAUGCUGUUUCACUCAACGAUGAUCGGAAAAAAGAUGACAAUAGUCUAUUGACAGGAACCAUGAAGUUCAUGGCGCUUGAAAGAUUAAGCUAUGCUGCGACAUAUGGUUCAACAAUUCAAUGCACGUAUCGUCAUGACCUAGAAUCGUUCUUUUACGUGUUUCUUGUGGGGUGCAUAGAUUUUUCUGAUUUGAAGGACUUAGCUAUAAAGUUACGAAAUAUAUUGUUUGGGGAGGCCAUUCCGGAACUUGGCACACCCAAUGACCCUAAUCCUAUGUACGAUGGAAUGGUAAUGGCAUUUAGCAACACAAUAGAACAGAUAAGAGGUAAGAUAAACCUUCCACAAUUUGAACUAGCUGCUCAAUUUGUCUAUCCUUGCUAA